UCCCGUAAAUCUGUGUCUGUGGUGAUGUGAAGUGAUCAUGAACAGUGGUGGUGGUCAUCAAUUCUGUCAAAUUAGUUUGUAAAUAAUGUUAUUAGAAUUAAUUUUGUGGUUUUCCUAGGUCUACCUCUUCAAUCUGCCUUCAGUUUCUGCUUAACGUUUCGUCUAGCCUUCGGUACGUUCCGAGUUUCAAGUUCGAAACACCCUCUCCCAAGUGUUACAUGAGAGCACCUACUUCCUAGCUAUGCCUUUAUUGUGAAAUACGUGUCUAAAUCUGCUGAUUAGCUGUUAGUUGUCAAACUAACAGACAAACUCCCUUCACUAUCAAUCUUACUACAUAAAUUCCAUUAGCUCAAGAUGAACCAUCAACAAAAUCGUGGCCGGAACCCACCGCCAUACAACUGUCACAUGCCUUUUAAUCAGCAUCGUGGCCGACCAAACCGUCCUCAACCUCGUUACCAUGCUCACGCCCCAUAUUCUAAAAACUUUCGUCAGCGAUACAACUCUGGGGAUAAAGAUCCAUUCCAAAAUGUAGCAUUUCCUAAACAUGAUAAUAAUUCACCACCGGGUAUAUUUCUCACUGACUCCUUGGCAGCCAUGGAUCGCAUUUCCCCUCCAAUGUUUGACAUGACUCCUCCUCUUUAUGAGGUGGCAUCCCCUUUGUAUGAAGUGCUGGCCGAUGAACCUCUACUUAGGCGUCAGGAGUUAGUAAACUUCAAUUACAGUAACCUGUUGGGACCAAAUGCUCAUGAUGCUAGUCAGAGGCCUAAUUUGCGUAGAACUCAUUCAGAUGUUCGUUUAAGUCCACAACUCUCACACUCUCCACCUUAUUUCUGUGCUGGCGUUCAAGAGGGUGAAAGUCCUGAUCGGAAACGUUUGAGAAUGUCUCAUCAACAAAUCAACACCACUCCACCUCCAUCUUAUCAGCCUCAUCCAAGAAGCUGGGAUUGGGAACAGCGCUGUCGAAGGAGAAGGAGUCCACUGAGGAGACCGGUUCGAUAUAGAGACUUGGGCUGGAGUCAGCAAGGGGACAGUAUCCACUCAGGAAAUUUCUCACCACCACACCCACAUCCAUCCCACCAGCAUCAACAUCCGCAUGCACAUGCUCACCCUCAUGUGCAUCCACACCCACAUCCUCAUCCUCAUCAGCACCAACAUUCUCACUCAGCAAUGGUUGUUGAUGUCACUCCGGUGCCUGUUACUUUGCCUAUACCAAUGUUUACAAAUCCCCAUCUAAAUUUACGUCCCCCAACCACUGUUCCUACACCACAAGUCCACGUUUCUCAGACUUUCGCCACUGCUCCAUUUCAACCCAAUUAUCAAAUGAGUUACGUGGCUCAGCCUCUAACUCCACCUCCUCUAGAACACCAGCAGGCAGCAUUUCAGCAUGUGAACCCUGUCUUCGUACCAAGCCCGCCUCCUCCUACCUCACUUCAGAGUCUCAUCCUCGCAGAACCACGGACUAGUGUAGGAUCAAUAGAAGUAAUGAAUGGAGGUCGUUUGCGUCCACCUUCGUCAGCAACACAAGUCUGGAACCGAGAUCGUCGUUGGCGCAGACACAUUCUCUCACCAUCUUCCAAUCCAUAUCACAGCUGGUUACAAAUCGUAGCUAUGUUUGCAGGCGUUCAACCUCUCUCUGGGUUUAAUCCAAAUGAAUUGAACUCACUUCGCCUGAGUCCUGAUUCAGAUGAUAAUGAAAACUACGAAGCAUUGCUCAAUUUAGCAGAACAACUAGGGGAAGCCAAACCGAAAGGUCUUAACCGUAUGUUAAUAGAACAGUUACCGUCUUUCCGUUUUGACUCGAAGUCGCAUCAAAGUGACCAGACUUCUUGCGUUGUUUGCAUGUGUGAUUUUGAGCAUCAUCAGAUGAUCCGUGGUCUACCUUGCUCUCAUGAAUUCCAUAUUAACUGUAUAGAUAAGUGGCUAAAGACAAAUCGCACCUGUCCAAUCUGCCGAGGAGAUGCCUCAGGAUUUUCUGACUGAAAUUUCUUCAAGGAAAAAAAUUAAUCGUAGAUGCUAAAAAUUCAAAUUUUACUAUUUUACUUGCGCAGCGUCCACACUCCAUUAUUUUUCCUUCCUUUAAAUGCUGUGUUUGUAUCAAAAUCUCAUUUUUCUGUUUUCUGUCUGUGUGAAAAGUGUCAUUGCCCUUUCAUCAUGUAAGUUUUUUUCUUGUUAAGGCUUUAUCCUGCUAAUUUUUCCGUACAAACAACCUUACGUUUGUCAAUUCUUAAUUUUCUUGCGUUUCUCCAUGUCUGCAGCUUUUCUCUUUUACCUGUAAUUGUACUUUGUAAUCAUGGCCUUUUGCAUUGGUCUUUCUCCUUCCUUUGAAUUUAUUUUUGUAAAGUUUCAUUUUACUCUCAUGUCUUAUUAUUAGUUCAUUUUUUAUCACAUUAAGUUUAAGUCUUAAUAGUUUCUUUAAUUUUAUUUGUGCAGGAAACAAUAUGGUGAAUUUGUACAGUUACUUACAACAUUAACCUUUUUCUAUCUAACACUUCAUUUCUUUCUCUGUCAGGUUUGUAGAAAAUAUUUUUUUCAAAAGCAUUUUUUAGAUGAAGUAAGCAUCCAUUCUUUAUCAAAGAUAGGCAAAGGAAUCCAACAUGGCUGACAGCAAGAUUAGUUGAUCUCUUAUUAGUUUUUUGUUAGUUCCACUUUUGUCACUGUUCACAUCAUUUAAAGCAAUGAUGAAAUUGUACAUGAAUAUGUAGUUAACUUAAAAUUCUUCCUUGGUUAGUUGUAAAUUUAUUAGCUAGGAAAGGAAAUGUCUUUCCUCCUCCUCCCCCCCCUCCCCCCAAUCUCUGCAAGGGUAUUAUUUAUUUGUUUUUGUCCCCCUCCCCUUUCAUUAGUCAUUUUACAGGGUGCAUCCCUAUUUAUUUUUUCCAUUUGAUGUACUAUUCUUUUCCAAUUUACAAAAUAAUUUUAACCAAUCUACAGGAGGAUUCAAAAGUCCCGCACCAUCCCUGUGACUAUUGAACAAAUUGAGAUCCUUCAAUUCUCCAAAAUAUAGAUAGCCCAGCAAUCAUUGUUGCCUGUUAAGCUCUCAGUUUCUUUACAAUUAUUCUAGACUAAUUUUAUAGCAAAGCACUAACUGUCCAUAGCAUUGCAGGAAUAUUUCGUGUUAGAAGACAAAAAUGCCAGAUCAUUGAGCUCAUAGAAGAAAUGUUCAAAAUUGUGAAAAACUCACUUUAUUGCCGUUACAAACUAAUAAUUUUUCCUCUUUGUCCCUGCUUUUUACACUGUUUCUCAUGUCUGAAUAUUUCAAGAGACUUUAGGUGAGCUACCAUGCAUAUCAUGCAUCUGUGACCAAUUUUCUAACAGGGUCUGUUAAGUAUAAAUGUCCCAGAAUUUUACUUUGAUGGUUGAAAUUCAUUUGUACAUUUGUAAACAUCACUACAAAGAACCAAGGGGUUAAAUUCCGAAAUUCACUUUUAACCGACGUCCUCCUUUUGAAAAAUAUUACAAAGUUGGCUGUUCUUGAAUGCCCUGCUGGAUAAUGGAACAAAUUGAUAAUUAAUACUUUACAGUACUUACUUCUUUUUAAGUCUCCAAAGUAUCCUUUCAUUCCAUGCCAACUGGCCCUCAGCUUCUUGCAGAUCAUAAAAACAUCCUCUUCUUAAUGUAGUCUCUGUGCUGGAUCCUAGCUGUAGUUGUUUUUUUGUGUAUAUUUUUAUCAUACCCUUCGGCAGUAUAAUUUUUCAUAAGUAUAGUUUAAUUACCUCCAUUUCUGGGCAUCAAAUUGAAUAUCAGGUAUAAACUGGCAAGCAGAUCAUCUCAGAGGAAGGGUUUUGUGGACCAAAUUACCUUUACUGAAAAAUAUAAUUUUAAGGAUACGAAUCAUGUAUUCUGUUUUUUUUUCCAGCCAUGAAAAUCAAAUCCAUAAUUAAUGUAAUAACUGUGUCGAAAUCAUCUCAGGAAAAAAUAAGUCCUGUUUCUCAAACUUUUGCAAAAAAUGAGUAUUCUGUCCUUUUCUUUAUUUAUACCCUAACUGAAUAUCUGAAGCAAUCUAUAGAUAAUCGUAAAUUGUGUGUAAGAAUAUGUUUGUAACUUUAAAAAUGAGCCCUCUAAUCAAACAAAAUGAUUUAAUAGUGUUGGUUGUGUAGUAAGAAGCUUUAAAAUGAAACUAAGAGGUGAGAGUUUGUUCAAUUCGCUAGAGUCCUAAAAUUUGAGUCUUCCAUUUAUAUUAAUCACUCACAUUUCACUUAAGUUUUCUUAUUGUUUCAACUUGCCAAGUGUCUUCCAUUUUACUUAAUCCUGCUUUGCACCACACUAUAAAUACAUGGUUUGUGGAGCCUCAAAAAACACUUAUGAAGGACUUACUUGAUUUUAAAAUUGUAUCAAGGCCUUGAUUUUUAGGGAUGUGCCCGAAAAGUGCUUGAAUUUUUCUCUUUUACUAAAUUGUGAAUGGUGAACGCUCGUAACUACAAAGGAAAACAAAGCAUUUCAUGUAAAAUCGAUCAUUCAGAGAGGUACUCCUCUCACAAAAGAAUUCUCAAUCUACCUUCAAAAUGGACCAAACAUUUCUGACUAAGGCUCAUGAGAUGGAGAACUUUCAGGAAAAAAUCGCAAAAGAAGUCGUGAAAAUUGCUUCAAAAUUUCAAAAAAAACACUCGAUUUUUCAUGCUUGAGGCUGCAUAAACCAUGAAAUCGAAUAAGAAAAAGGGACAGAUAAAUUCAGACGUUGUUUCAAAUCCUCUGGAGUCUUUGUUUUUUACCAAUUCUUACACAUUUUCCGCUUUUAAACAUUUUUUAAUUUUGUCCAAGAAAAAUUAAUAGAUUUUCAACUCCAAGUAUUAUUUCUAAUUUUCAUGGCUGGAACUUUGAUUAUUUGUGUGCAGCUUUCUUUGAAACAACUUCGUACUACAUAUUCCUCUUGCCAUUUGAUUUUCAUAGUACAUAUUUUACUUAUCAUUAUCAGAAAGAAAGAUUGAAAACUGGUUUUUAUGGGUCACUUUAAUGGUGUUAGCUCUUAUUCUGUCUGUCCAACUUUUUAAAUAAACUUGAACUAACUUAUCUAAGAAAAGAAAACAUUUAAUUGGUUGUUUUUGGUAGGAGUUACGUUUUAAACUAGUAUAAGUCUAUCAUUUAAGUUUCUUUAUAAUUUUUCCUCCUGUGUCUUUUUAGAAAUUCAAGAUAUAAUCAUUAUCUCAGCCAUAAUAGAUAGUUCCAUUUCUCUCUUGUGGCUGUUCGAUGUAUUCACUUAUAAGCAGUUAAUCUGCUACCGAUUUUCUACGUACGGAGACUUCCACAACCUAAAUUAUUAAAUUCCUGCAGUCACAUAUUCUGUAUUCCACAAAAUCGAUGAAUUGUCUUGAAUGAAAGCUAAUUUUUUCCAAUUAUAUUAUCGAUUAUCAGCAUGAUCGAUUUUUAUGUCUAGUGUAAUACUCUGCUUGAUUAGCUAGUCUGAUGUAGGAGAUGGUCUGUCAACUAAAAGAAAACUUCAAAUCAGCGUGAAAGUUUCGGUUUGGUUUUUUUUUUACAAGCUUCUGCUAUCAUCAGUAUCUAUCAUCGUCAGUAACUGCAAGUAUCUUCUAUUGGAAUUUGAAAUAUUGUUUUAAAGUUGAUGUCAAAAAAAUUUUCUCACUGUUCUCUGCACAAUGGUCCAAGUUUAAUACGUGUGUGGUUUUGCUAUUUUUGAGCCAGUUUUCCACUAACAUUUAUCCUUUCCCUGCUUUAGUUUUCAGUAGAUACACAUGAUGUUACUACAAACGCAUCUCAAUUAUUAUUUCAGUUCCUAGUUACCAUUGUCAGUGUUUCCCUCUCUUAAUGUAUUGCACACUCAGAUUUCCUUUCCCUCCAUUCAUGUAAGCAUGGAAGCUUCCCAUAUAUUUGUUUUAUGUUCAGGUUUCUUUCAGCACUUUGCACCUAGAAUGUUCUUUUUUAAAAUUAAACGACAUGUAAACAAUACCUCAAACUGUAGAACUUCAGAAAUGAGCACUACUUCUCAUUUAUUGACCCUUUCAAGAUAACUACUAAGCCAAAGUGUAAUUACCAUGCAAAGAAAGAAGUAAUUUUGAAAGAUUUUGCUGAUUUAAGUGAGGCAAAUUGAUAGUUCAUGUGCCAUUUAUACAUUUUAUUGAAAUUUCCACCUUUUUGACUGUUCUUUUAAAUAAAUAGAGUUGAAAAAUUUCAUGGUUUUGUGAGAUUUAAUACAACAUAGCAAAGAAAUUAGAAGAUAAUUAUUGAACAUAUUUUAUUAAACAUAAACAAAAUUAAUCUGAUGCUUUAGGUAUGGUUAAAUUUUACUCUGUUCCAAAAGCUCUCCGUGCUGGAAUGGAGGGAGAAAGAAAGGUUGCACUUGUUGAACUCAAUCAUCAAUGCCUUUAUUCCUUAUGAUUGUCAUCUGACAGAGAAAUGAAAUAACAUCCUGAUUAAUACUGGGUUGAUAAGUUCUUUUUGUUUUCAAUGUUGUUUCGUAACCGUCUGUUCGAGUGAUGUUGUUAACUAAUUUUAUCCCUGAAUAAUUCAACUUCAUAUACUGAGCAGGUUUUUUAGUUAGUACCCAUUCUUAGUUAUUGAAAUACUAUGUUAACUUUUUCAUUUUAAGUAGCCAAUUUUUUUUUCAAUUGUUUUCUUUUCUUAUGUAUCUUCCUUUUUUAUGUUUUUACUUUUUUGUAAACGUAUAUAAUGUGCAAUGCUGUUAGUUUUCUAAUAUUAGGACUGCUUUUUUGCAACUCCAUUUCAAAUAUACCUGAAAUGUGCUGUAUCA